AUUUCCCAUAGUGCCGCCUUUUUCUGCGCGUGCGCACGGUCAGUAAACAACUGCUGGUGUUCUGUACAGUAUUUUUGAAAAGCACAAACCCGUUAAUUCUAAAAGCUACAGAGAAUACAAAUAUUAACAAUUUGCAAAUUGGGUAUUUUAAAGAUAAGGUACUUCAUGUUAACCCGAUAUAGUCCAGAACUAAUAUGCUGUAUUUAAAUCGGUACCCGAUCGUUAUUUUUUAAAGUUAUUGUGUUGGCUUCCCUCCCAAAAUUGUUGCAGUACUGAAUUCAGAUUAAACUGGCAAGGUUUUCAGGAUUGGUAGACCGCUGGACCCCGUGACAUUAUUUUCUCUAAAUAUGCACGAGGGUUUUCCUGUGUGAAAUCACAAAGCUCUGCCAGUGGCAUCGACUGGAAAUGGAGGCGUUUUUGGGAGAAAUACAGGACCAAGUGGGCAGGAGCUCCCUGACCUCCUGUCAGGCCGAGCUGCAGGAGCUCAUGAGGCAGAUCGACAUCAUGGUGGCUCACAAGAGGAGUGAAUGGGAGGCGCAGAGCCAGGCAGUGCAGGCCAGGCUGCAGGUUCGAGAGGAGGAGCUCCACACAGCCCUGGACCUGCUGGAGCACAGACACAAAGAGGUAGGAAUGCUGCGGCACCAGGUGGAGGAGAUGCAGGAGGUGAAGCAGGAGGUUGUGUCAAAGUAUGAGGAGCAGCUGCAGAGAGUGAAGGAGGAGCUGGCCAGGCUGAAGAGGAGCUAUGAGAAGCUGCAGCGCAGACAGCUGAAGGAGGCGAGGGAGGGAGCCAGGAGCAGGGAGGAGGACCAAUCUGAAGUGAGCCGGCUCAACCGCAAGCUCGAGGAGUUCCGUGUGAAGUCUCUGGACUGGGAGCAGCAGCGAGUGCAGUACCAGAAGCAGGCGGCCCAGCUGGAGGCUCAGAGGAAGACCCUGGCUGAACAGUACCAGCUCAUACAGGAACACAGUGAGCUGGCCAGCCUGUCGGAGGUGCAGAGUCUGCGGAGCCGGCUGGAGAGAGCCCAGGACACCGCACGUUUCCGGGAGCUGGAGAUAGAGAGGCUGGGGCUGGUGCAGGGGGAGCCGGGGCACUGCAACCCAGGGGUGCUGAGAGAGGAGAAAGCUGAGCUCAAGUCCACUCUGCUCACUCAGGACUGGGUUGUCCGUGGCUCUGGAGCCCAGCAGCAGCAGCAGGGUCUGUGUUCGGAGCUGGCCAGACUGAGGGAGGCCCUGCAGGACAAAGAGCAGCUCAUCAGGUCUCUGCAGAGUAGUGUGAGUCAGCAGGGUGGUGUACAGCUGGAGCGUGCUCUUGUUCAGAACCAGACCAGCCACUCCAAAGAGAGCAGUCUGCAGGCUGAGGUGGGCCGGCUUCAGGACAGCCUUGAGAAGACCCGGUGUGUGGAGCUGAGCACAGAGCUGAGCCAGAGGCAGCAGGAGCUGAGGCAGGGAGAGGAGGAGAGGAGCCACCGCCAGGGGGAACUUAAGAAGCAGUCGGAGGCACUGCAGCGAGCAGAGCAGACUCAUCGUGGGGAGGUAGAGGGGAUGAAGAGGGAGAUCACACAACUGACCACAGAGCUGCACCAGAGAGACAUUACAAUAGCAACACUCAGCAGCUCUGCCUCCCACCUGGAGAGACAGCUACGCAGCGAGGCAGAGCGGGGGGAGAGGAGGGCAGCAGAGCUCAAGCAUAGGGAAGGCUCCCUGGCAGAGCUGCAGCAGAGAUACGUGUCGUCUUUCAGUGAGCUGGAGGAGGAGAACCAGCACCUGAGGAGGGAGCUGGCAGCAGCGAGGGCCAGGCUGGAGAUGAGCGCGCAGGAUGGGCAGGGCAGGAAGGGGCAGCAGGAGGAGAUGCAGGCCCUGCGAACGAGGCACCAUGAAGAGGAGCUGAGCCAGCAGACCGCUCCCCCCCCAGCCCCCCGCUCCCUUGGCAGCAGGAGCAGCUCUCAAGAUUCCCUCUCCUCCGGUUGCGGGAGCGCCCCUGCUGACUCCUCUGACAAUGCCUCCGUGGAGUCAUUGAGCCUGCCUCUGGCCCCUCUCCCGGCCUCCCCGGCUGACACCGUGGCAACACGCUUCCUGCAGGAAGAGGACCGGCGUUCCCAGGAGUUGCUGCAGCGUCUCGACGCUCACGUCCAGGAUCUGAGAGCAGAGAGCCGGGAGACAGUGCAGAAAUUCCAGGGUGAGGGGGCACCUUCCUCUCCAUAGACACCCGCACACACCCCCUCACAACGUGCAGGAUCUGAGGGCAGAGAGCCGGGUUGAGGGGGCACCUUCCUCCCCAUAGACACCCGCACACACCCCUCACACACGUCCAGGAUCUGAGAGCAGAGCUACACCUAAAGUAAGAAUGAAGAGAUCUUCCACGCAACAAUAUGGACACUGGUGAUUGUCACUACUGCUAUUAAGGGGUAUUAUAGUAAAAUGUUAGCAAAAUGUAAUUGUUUUCUACAUUCAUUUCAGUAUUGUCAUGGUUUUCAGAUCAUGUUCAUGCAAGGAAGGGAGAAUUAUUUGAUAGAAGUAGCUUUUCAUUUAUAUUUGUAGUUUGCAGGGUCUAACUGUGGAUAGAAGUAAUACAACUUUGUAAAAACAGCUCCAUUUUGUUUAUAUUAUUUAUCGAUAUGGAUUCAUUUGUGUUUAAAUAUGUUAUUGUCACCUGUUUUCUAUAUGCUGUUGAUUGUAAACUGCUUUUCCAAUUGCUGUUACCCUCUUGCAUCGGAAUACAGGACGUUGCCAGAAGUGUGUCACAGCGAGAUAUUUUCAAGGAGCAAUGGUCACAUUUUGUAUUUUAUAGCAUGGAAAAAAAUACUAAUAAAAAAUCCAAUUCAUGAUUACCUCACCACGUUUCCACUGUCGUACCCGACGAUUCCACUGCAGGGGCGUUGUUGACUAGCUGAUGAAAAUGUGUAGCCUACGUUAUGACGUGUUUAAAGGCGACCACUUCAAAACUCACCAGGAGAUGGAAAGAAUGAAGGAUUAAUGGAAUUCAGGUGCAGUAGAGAGAACGCAGAAGAUGAUUUAAUGCAUGAGGAGGAACUAAGAGAAGACGCUAUUAAAACGUCUGAUUACUGAGAGUAAACUAGCACUCCUGCAGUGUAAGGGCUGUGUGUAGAAACAAAGGCCAAGAUGAUAAUGUAAAAUAAUUCUCAGUUUAUUUCAUCAGUAUCCAAGAAAGUUAGUGUAGUCCACAAAUCCUGCUCAUGAAAACGACACUUCCAGUGUAAUACAGAAUUGAUAGCUCAAGUGACAGAAAAGGGGUGAUGGCAGCUCACCGUCACCCUAAAACAAAUCAAAUGAAAUACAAAUCAUUCACCAAAAAAAAAUAGAGGGACGUUUGAGUGAAAUGUGUUAAUUAGGAUAACACAAUUGUGUUAAAUAUGUAACUGGGAACAGCAUAUUACAAUUAAAAGUCACAGUCACUACUUAAACAACCAUUAUCAGAAGUAUUUUUUUGGAAGCCUAAAGAAAUGUGUCAUUAUGCGUCUUGCAGUUUAGAAUGCUUCAACAGAGAAGCAGAGGGAGGAAGAGGAGGAGGACAUAUUCUGCAAACAGAAUAUACAAAACCAGAGUGUCUUUCCUUGACAAAACAGAUGAGGAUGUUGUGAAGAGAUACCGGCUUGACAAACAGGCUAUAGCAGAUCUCUGCAACGAGUUAAAGGGAGACCUUCAGAGUGCUGCUGCCAGGAGCUGUGCUAUUCCCACUGCCUUAACCUUUUAUGCCACCGGGUCAUUCCAGAUCUCAACCGGAGAUAUCUCUGGAAUGUGCCAGGUUUGCUUUGGUUAAGACUGCAAAUAAAUUCAUAGUUUUCUAUUACCCUAGAACAGCAACAGAAGGUGAAACAAGAAUUGUACGACUGUGCAGGGCAGCAGUGUGGAGUAGUGGUUAGGGCUCUGGACUCUCGACCGGAGGGUUGUGGGUUCAAUCCCAGGUGGGGGACACUGCUGCUGAACCCUUGAGCAAGGUACUUUACCUAGAUUGCUCUAGUAAAAACCCAACUGUAUAAAUGGGUAAUUGUAUGUGAUAUCUUGUAACAAUUGUAAGUCGCCCUGGAUAAGGGCGUCAGCUAAGAAAUAAAUAAUAAUAAUAAUAAUGUAUCAUUCCCAAAUGUGCUAGGAGCUGUUGAUUUCACACAUAUUCACAUUCGGGCACCUUCAGAAUAUAUAGGAAGUGUUUUCAUUCAAUGGACAUGCAGCUAGUGUGUGAUGCAAAGUGUCUUAUCACUAAUGUUGUUGCAAAGUACCCUGGCUCGUGUCAUGCUUCUUUUAUACUGUCUGACCCAUUCCAGAGGAAUGUCAUUAGUGCAGGAUGGCUGCUGGGUAAAUACCCAGUGGCUUUAUUAGUUCCAUCACAGCCUACAUGUCCUAAUCCUGUAUUCUUCAUUGAUUAUUCCACUUAGGUGACAGCGCUGUGUUUUGAAACCCUGGUUAAGGACUCUGUAAGUGUUCCACAGACACCAGAGGAAAACGCGUACCACGUUGCGCACCGUGCCACCCAAUGCGUGAUUGAAAGGACUUGGUAUUUUGAAUGGCCAGUUAAGAUUUCUGGACACUUCUGGUGGUUCUCUGCUCUACAGCCCGAUCAAAGUAUGUGACACAAAUGAAUGAAGAUGGAAUCAAUGAACACUGUGCUAAUGCCCAUCAUCAAUUGUUACAAGAUAUCACAUUAUUUUUACAUACAAUUACCCAUUUAUACAGUUGGGUUUUUUACUGGAGCAAUCUAGGUAAAGUACCUUGCUCAAGGGUACAGCAGCAGUGUCCCCCACUGGGGAUUGAACCCACGACCCUCCGGUCAAGAGUCCAAAGCCCUAACCACUACUCCACACUGCUGCCCUGCUUGGUAAUAGUUUACCAAGUUUGAUCUGUUACUUUUUUUGUAAGAAAAUAAUAAAGUCCCUUUGGAACUCUUAAAUUGCCUCCAUGGAUAACAGAAAAUGUUUGUAUAACAAAAAAUAAUAUUCUGGGCAUGCACCGUUGUCAAACCAGACAAUAAAUAUUCUCAUUGUCAAA